UUUGAAUUCAAUUUCGACCCAAAUGCUAAUCAUUUCCAACCGCGCGUCUAUAAAGACGAAACCCUCACUCUCACUCACUCGCGCUUCAUCCAACUCUCUAGAAACACAAUCAAAACCGUUUCGCCAAAUUCAAACCUCUUCGAUCGGCAAUGGCUUCCUCCAAUCAAAACUUCGUCUACAUCGCAAAGCUCGCUGAACAAGCCGAACGCUACGAAGAAAUGGUUGAUGCGAUGAAGAAAGUUGCUAAGCUUGAUGUUGAAUUGACGGUUGAAGAGCGAAACCUUCUGGCAGUUGCUUACAAGAAUGUAGUUGGAGCACGUAGGGCGUCUUGGAGGAUUAUUUCCUCCAUUGAACAAAGGGAAGAAGCGAAAGGGAACGAUGCAAAUGUGAAUCGGAUUAAGGAGUAUAGGAAAAAGGUUGAAUCAGAGUUGUCUGAUUUCUGCGCUGAUAUCAUGACUGUGAUUGAUGAUCAUCUCAUUCCCCAUUCUUCUGGUGAAUCUCAUGUAUUUUACUACAAAAUGAAAGGUGACUACUACCGUUAUCUGGCUGAGUUUAAGAGUGGUGAUGAGAGGAAAGAGGUUGCUGAUCAGUCCUUGAAAGCAUAUCAGAAAGCUUCAGCUGCUGCCGAGGCUGAGUUACCUCCCACACAUCCCGUCAGUCUGGGUUUGGCUUUGAACUUCUCUGUCUUCUAUUAUGAAAUCUUGAACUCUCCUGAAAGGGCAUGUCACCUUGCCAAACAGGCAUUUGAUGGAGCAAUCUCUGAAUUGGAUUCUCUUGGUGAGGAGUCUUACAAAGACAGCACACUGAUCAUGCAGCUUCUGAAGGACAACCUCACCUUGUGGACUUCUGACAUUCCUGAGGAAGGAGCUGAUGAACAAAAGGUGGAGUCUGCCCGUGCUCCUGCGGGAAAUAAUGCAGAGUAAAGUGAUGCAGAUUUUUCUAGGCGUUUGUGAUGUGAAUAUGAAAGACUAGUCUCUAUGCAGCUUCUGUUGGUUUUCUUUUUCCAUGUUUUCUAGGUGUAGGAAGUUUGUAGCUCACCAUUAGGAUGUUUUAAUUGAAGAGUAAGGCAGUCUCUAGGAGAAUUAUAAAUCCUGGGGCUUUCCUCUUUAUUUGACAAUAGAAUGCAACACCGUCAAUGUUGCUUUAGGUUCCGUUUUAGCUACUUGAAACAAAUCCAUGGUUGGCUGUAACUAAAUUGGUGCUUUUAUUUUACAUGUACUUUUAAAAAAGAUAGUCUUAGAUUAUUUCAUCGCUUUACAAGGAAAUGAUGUUUAUUUUAAA